AUGGGGAAUCAGCUUUCAGCGUACGAGGAAAGACCUCACCAAGUCAAUCUAGGCUCUAAAGGCCGGAUCCAAGGUGUUCAAUAUGAUGCCAAGGCUCGUCGAUAUGCGGGCGUCCCGUACGCUCUGCCGCCAGUUGGCGCACGCCGUUGGAGAAAGCCACACCCGCUCCCCAAUACAUACACAUACACCCAGGAAGAUGGAAGCCCGUUUGAUGCCUCAAAGUUCCGUCCAAUCUGCCCCCAAGGAACCUUUUCAAGCAGCGCAGAAAAAGACAAUGGCCCCGAAAAUUACAGCGAAGACUGUUUGAUUCUGAAUAUUUGGACACCAGUUGAGGAGCGGCAAGAUGGAAAAGGGUGGCCCGUUGUGCUUUGGCUUCAUGGGGGUUGGUUUCAGCUCGGGGAGCCACUUCAAGAGCUAGGCAUGGAUCCUACCGAGAUGAUUUCCACGGGCGGGCUCAAUGCAAUCGUCAUCGGCAUCGGAUAUCGGCUGAAUAUCUUCGGUUUUCUAGCCGGUGAGGCCUUGCUUGAGGAUAGCAAUGGCGAGAGUGCUGGAAACUUUGGCUUGUGGGACCAGCGUCUUGCAAUGGAAUGGGUGUAUGAAAACAUCGCUGCUUUCAAUGGCGAUAUCAACAAUAUCACGCUUGGCGGACGAAGUGCUGGUGCUUACGGGGUUCAUGCACAGGUCCUUCACGAUUUCCGAAGAGAAACACAACUCUUCCAUCGAUUUUAUAUGUAUUCGAAUGCAAUCCCAGCACAGCCGAAAGCUCUCGUGGAUGUCAAACCCCAAUUCGACGAACUUUGUGAACACUUCAAAGUCGCGACCAACCUUUCUGGCCCAGAGAAACUGAAUGAGCUACGAAAAAUUGAUUAUCGGGAUUUGAUCGCUGUCAUCCCGCAUCUCAAUAAUCAUACUUUCCGCCCUGUCACCGAUAAUCUUUUCAUACAUUCUGGAUUCACCGAAUAUCAUCAUAGCGGUGCAUUUGCCGAACAGUUCAAAAAGCGCAAGCUUCGAAUCUUGAUUGGUGAGGUUCUUAACGAGGAGACAUUGUAUGCCACGUACAAUGCCCCCGAGCCCAAUCUUGCAUCCUUACAGAUGCAAGUUGCCAACUACUACUCCCAGGAGACCACAAAAAGAGUGCUCAGCUCUUAUCAAUUGCCUGAUAAGCCAGAUCCAGCCGAAUGGAAGAAACUGUUCGGUGGCAUCAUUGCAGACGGGCAAGUGAGGGCGCCAUCCAGGUGGUUGGUCAACUGUCUCAGCAACCACGGUGUGCCACUUCGCGACAUUUGGCGUUACCAAAUUGCCUACCGCUUGUCCUUCAUCACAGACAAGGUAGCUCCUAUAUCCUGGGGCGUUUCUCAUGCUAUGGACAAGCCAUUCUGGAGCUUUGCUAUAUUACAUGGUCCAACGCAGGCCGAAAGACCGCUGAUGGAAGGUUGGAUUCAAAACUUCGUCGCCUUUGUGCAAGACGAUCAAGAAUACGACUUUGGCACAGAAACUAUUGGUGAGAUGAAAGUCGCAACACCGCAGGCAUCUAUCGAGAUCCAAAAGGACGGUCGUUGGGAGGAGCUGUUGAAGCUUGGUGAAGUCUUCGCCGAUGACCGUACCUAA